GGUGAAGGAAAAAGAAACGACGUGGAAUCACUCGCAUCUCACUGUCCAUUUGUCCCCCUUCCAUUCCAUUCCCCCUUUCUCCUCCGUCGCUCUGAUACACACACUCGUAGAUAUGGCUUCCACCACACUUCAUUCACGGCUAUCUCACACUCAGUCGCCGGCGAUUACUCGGAGCACUUCCCCUCUUCGCCAGAUCACCGGCAAUUCGCUGACUUGGAGCCGCGCGUUUGCUCCCGACCGCCUUCUUUCCGCCGUCUCGCAUUCUUCUCUUAGAGGAGUUAAAGGAUCUGUGAAGCCAUUGAUUACAUGUGCUGCUGGAACAGAACCUGUAGCAGCAGCUAAUUUAGCACCAGGAACCCCAGUGAGGCCAACCAGCAUCAUGGUUAUUGGAGCUACAGGAACUUUAGGAAGACAGGUGGUUAGGCGUGCACUUGAUGAGGGAUAUGAUGUGAGAUGCCUUGUCAGACCUAGACCUGCUCCUGCUGAUUUCCUCCGUGAUUGGGGUGCCACUGUUGUAAAUGGAGACUUGAGCAAACCUGAAACAAUUCCCGCUACAUUGGUUGGUGUUCAUACAAUUAUUGACUGUGCCACUGGGCGCCCUGAGGAGCCUAUUAAAACCGUAGAUUGGGAAGGAAAGGUUGCUCUUAUACAGUGUGCAAAAGCAAUGGGAAUCCAAAAAUAUGUAUUCUUUUCGAUUCAUAAUUGUGACAAGCAUCCGGAAGUUCCAUUAAUGGAGAUCAAGUAUUGCACUGAGAAGUUUCUUCAGGACUCUGGUAUUAACCAUGUUGUCAUUCGGUUAUGUGGUUUCAUGCAGGGGCUCAUAGGUCAAUAUGCUGUGCCCAUAUUAGAAGAAAAGUCUGUAUGGGGAACAGAUGCCCCAACAAGAAUAGCUUAUAUGGACACCCAGGAUAUAGCUCGUUUAACAUUUAUUGCUAUACGAAGUGAAAAAGUCAAUGGAAAGCUUCUCACAUUUGCUGGACCUCGUGCAUGGACAACUCAAGAGGUGAUAACAUUGUGUGAGAGGCUAGCUGGACAAGAUGCAAACGUAACCACAGUUCCAGUCUCGGUUCUCAAAUUCACUCGCCAGCUAACUCGUUGUUUUGAAUGGACCAAUGACGUUGCCGACAGACUGGCAUUUUCAGAGAUUUUGACGAGCGACACGGUAUUCUCUGUACCAAUGAACGAGACAUAUCAGCUUCUUGGUGUGGAUCAAAAAGAUAUCAUCACAUUAGAGAAAUAUUUGCAAGAUUACUUCACAAACAUACUCAAGAAGUUAAAGGACCUCAAGGCCCAAUCCAAGCAAAGCGACUUCUACAUUUAAUAAAGAUAAAUACUUAAUUAUCUUUGUGUUUGUAGUUUGUACAUGAAGCUUUGUUAUUCAAAUACCACAUAUAUCACUUUGUAACCAACUAUAAUUAAGAGGUGUUAAAUUUUUGUAAAUCUAAAUUUUCCUAUUGCAUGUA